UUGUCCUAUUUCUCAAAGGAUUCAACCAUCAUCAAGGUCAUUUAAGAAGGCCUUAUUUUGAACUUCAGCCUGCUUGAGGCUGUGAGUGGUGUUUUUGGAUAAGAAGUGUUACACAACUUUUAAUGGGUGUGCAUGGUCUAUGGGGUCUUUUGGAAACUGCUGGGAAGCCUGUCCCUCUUGAGACUCUUGAAAACAAGAUCCUGGCAAUUGAUGUGUCAAUAUGGUUGCAUCAGGCAGUGAAAGGGUUUAGGGAUCAAUCUGGACAGCCUCUCCCCAAUGGACACCUCCUUGGUCUUUUUCAUCGCAUCUGCAAACUCCUGUUUUAUAAAAUCAAGCCUGUCUUUGUCUUUGAUGGUGGCAUUCCUAUCUACAAGAGGCAGACAAUGGCAAAUAGAAAGCAGAAGAAAGACUCAGCUGCAUCUGAUGCUAGGAAACUUUCCCACCAUAUUUUGAAGAACUAUCUGCAGCAGAAUGUGAUUGGAAAGGUUCUGGGCAAGCAGCCAAGUGCUGUUCCUUCAAGUGCAUCUCAUGAUGAUGAUGUUUUUCACCUGGCCCCGCUGGGACCAGAUGCUGAAAAGGAAAUGGAGAGCGAUGGGGAAGCUGAAGAGUAUGGUGGAGACUUGGAAAUGAUGUCGGAAUCAUCUCAUUUUCAAAGCAACAUUCAUGAUGUUGAUGUGAUGAGUGAAGAGUUUGCAGCUCUCCCAUCGCACAUCCAGCAUGAAGUACUCCUGGAAUUGAAAGAUACUCGUAAACAAAGCUCUUGGAAUAAACUUCAUCAAAUGCCAAAGGAAUCUGGCAACUUUUCAUCAUUUCAAAUGGAUCGUUUGCUGAGAAGGCGAGCUCUUCAAGCAAAAUUGGAGAAGAUUGAGUCAGAAAUGGGGUCUUCUCAGUUGCAAGAAGCAGCAGAGGGUCUCACUCCUAUUGACCUGGACAGUGAGGGCCAAAGGAUUGUGAGUGAAGACACUCUUAGAUUUGUUUUGAAAAAGUUGACCCAAAGUGAAAAGGCAAAAAAACCUCAGAGUGAGCAUGUCAGUCUUUCAAAUGAAACAGUUGAUUACAGUACCUCUUCCAUCAUAAAGAAGAGGCUCACCAAGGAUAUGAAGUCAGAAGUAGCUCAGGCACCGAGUGACAGCGGUUGUGAUGAUGACCCAGAAGAUUACAGCCUUGAUAACAAUGUAUCACGAACUGAAAACUUUUCUGGGGAACAGACAGACCUUUCACAAGAAGAGAUAUACUUGUUGAUACAACAGAAUGCACCGGUGGCACUGGGAUUAGAUAGACCUAUUUUAAGCAAAAAAGAUGAAUUCCAUAAACCUACUCAGGAUAGGGUCUCAAGAAAUGACAUAAAACUUGUUACUUUGACUACUACAGAGGACAAGGACAUUGGCAAAGAGUUUUUUGCUGUUCAAGGACAAACACCCUCUGAGCCAACAUUGAAAAAAGCCUAUUCAACAAAAUUGAGUGAUGAGAGUGGUAGCACAUCUUGGACAUCCAAGCUAGUUGAGACACCAUCAAAAGUGGAACUUCCAAGUGAUUCAAAACAAGAACAUUUUAUAACAGUUGAAAUCACAUCUUUGAAAACACAUUCAGCAGAGGAGGAUAUUUUUGCAGAUGUUUUCAAGGAAGCACAGAGAGAUGAUAUAAUUAAACUUGAGAGCAUCUUACAGGGGUUUAAGAAAGAAAUACAAACUAGUAGAAAAACAGAAUCACUUGUGAAAGAAACUGAAACAAAGGAAAAGGAAGCUUCUUCAUUUGCUUUUCACAAGAGCGAGUCAAGGUUUAAUGAGAGGAGUGACUUGCACAGCUCUUUAUCCACAUUGGAGAAAGAUGAAGGAGAAAGUUUGCCAGUGAUGAGACAUUUUCAAAGUGCUGAGAAUAUGGGUGCAAUCUCUAUUAACAAGACUGUCAGUGAAGAGGAUGGAAACUGUUUCAUGAUUGUAUCAAAUAGAUCAUGCUCUGAUAUGGAAAAGGAUAUCCAUGAAGCAUCUGCAUCUCAAAGUCUUGGUGCUGGUUUCCAACAACUGUCAUCUUCAAUUAAUUCUACAAAUGAAACUACUUCUGAGGAGGAGUGUGGAAAAUCAAAAGUAUUGAGAGCAGUUGCUCCCAACUUUGUAGCAACAAGUAAAGAUGUCAAAAAUAUGGAGAACAACAAGGAGGAAAGUGAAAACAAUCUGAGGAAUAUGCCUGAAGAAGAUCAGAACCUUCUUGAAGAAUAUAGUAAGCAAUUGGAGAUAGAAAGGAGAAAUUUAGAAAAGCAGAGAGGUCGCCAAGAGCGUCUGGCUACCAGCCUCAGUGAUCAGAUGUACUUGGAAGCACAGGAGUUGCUGCAACUUUUUGGCCUCCCAUAUGUCACAUCACCAAUGGAAGCAGAAGCUCAGUGUGCCUUCCUUGACAUACUCAACCUCACACAAGGAACCAUCACAGAUGAUAGUGAUAUCUGGUUGUUUGGUGGACAGCGUGUGUAUAGAAAUUUCUUCAAUCAAACUAAGCAUGUGGAAUUUUAUCAUGCUGAGAAUAUAUUCAAGUAUUUUCAGCUGACAAGGGAGAAGAUGAUAAAUUUGGCAUUGCUCUGUGGGAGUGACUAUACAGAUGGCAUCAGGGGAGUAGGACCAGUAACAGCCAUGGAAAUUUUGUUGGAAUUCCCUGGUGAUGGUGUUGAAUGUCUGGAGACUUUUCAGCAGUGGUGGACAGAAGCUCGUACUAAGGCCACAUUUGUAGAAGAAACUCCUGUCAAGAAGAAACUGCUGGAGCUUGAAAUAAGCAAAGGUUUUCCUCACCAUGGGAUUGUUGAAGCUUAUCUAAAACCAGAAGUUGAUGAAUCAUCUGAGGAAUUUUCAUGGUCAUCUCCUGACAUUGAUGGGUUGCGAGAAUUUGCCAGAAAGAAAAUGGGGUGGUCCAAGAGUCGCACAGAUGAAGUUCUUGCUCCAGUUAUUAAGAGGAUGAAUCUGAAGGAGAUGCAGAGCAGGAUUGAUUCAUACUUUCAAGUUAAACUGCCAGAAGAAGUGAAGCUACCCAGUAAAAGGCUGACAAAUAUUUUGAAGCGAGCUAAAGGAGGAGAGAAUAUAGCAACUCUGGUUCAGAAUGUAAAGACUAAAUCAAAAAAAAGUAUAGGUAGAGGGCGAGGAAAGAGGUCUUGCAAGGAGGAUGUUGAUGAUGAUGACAUACUGGAAGAGGAGACAUUGGUAUCAGAAAUAGAGGGAGAAUCCCCAGUAGCAUCACAACCAUCCACCUCUUGUGGGACCUCUUCAAAAAUGAAAUUGCAGGGGCUUUCAGGGAAAGCUAGUGGUAUGGUCACCUCUUUUCGACAUUUGAGAGAGGAAAGGAGCUUUACAGAUGUGACUAUAUCUGUGGAUGGAGAGUCAUUGAAGGCCCACAAGAUGGUCCUCUCUGCUUGUUCCCCAUACUUCAAGAAGUUACUUGAGGAGACCCCAUCAAAGCAUCCCAUUAUCAUUUUGAAGGAUAUCAAGAUGAAAGAAAUGGAAGCUAUCCUUGAUUUCAUAUACACAGGAGAAGUGAACAUAGCUCAAGAGGACCUUCAGAGUUUUCUCAAAGUUGCCAUGAGGUUGAAGGUGAAAGGCUUAGCAGAAGGAAACAUUCCUGCCGGACAGAUAGGACCUAUAGGCAACUCUGGAGCUUCUGUGGUUGGUGAAACUUCAUCUGGCAAAGGUGUAAAAAAUGAGCAUGGAGACAUGACAGGAAAGUUCAAAUUUGCCAUCGAUAGGGGUGGCACCUUCACAGAUGUGUAUGCACUAUGUCCCAGUGGAAAAGUACGAGCAUUGAAGUUGUUAUCUCGAGACCCUGCUCAUUAUCCUGAUGCUCCGCGGGAAGGAAUACGACGAAUUCUUCAAGAGGAAUUGAAGCAGCCUUUCCCUGAAACAGAACCAAUUGAUGGUUCCCAUAUUGAAUGGAUUCGAAUGGGAACAACAGUUGCCACCAAUGCUCUUUUGGAGAGGAAAGGUGAAAAAAUGGCUCUUGCAAUUACAAAGGGCUUCAAGGAUCUGCUGUUUAUUGGAAAUCAAGCAAGACCUGCCAUAUUUGACUUGGAGAUAAAAAUGCCUGAAAUGCUGUACCAAGAAGUGAUUGAAGUAGAAGAGAGAGUGAUUGUUAAUCAAGAAGGAUGCAAGCUUGAAGAUCGGUAUCCUGAAGUGCAAGGUACAACUGGCGAGAAGCUCAAGAUCUCUGGAGCACUGAAUCUGCAUGAUCUAGAACAUAAGCUUCAGGCAGUUCUAAAGCAAGGAAUCACUAGUCUUGCUGUUGCUCUCAUGCACUCAUAUACGUUUCAGAAGCAUGAGGAAGAUGUAGGGAGGCUUGCACAGCAGCUUGGCUUCACUAAUGUGUCUUUGUCUUCCCAUGUGAUGCCAAUGGUGCGUCUAGUCCCUCGAGGGUUUACAGCUUGUGUGGAUGCCUACCUCACACCUCUCAUAAAAAAAUAUGUAGAGGAGUUCAAGUCGGGAUUUGUGGAUCAGCUGCAAGGUGUGACUGUUUUAUUUAUGAAGAGUGAUGGUGGCCUUACACCCAUGGACAGGUUUGAUGGUUCCCGUGCAAUCCUCUCAGGACCAGCUGGAGGUGUCGUAGGCUAUGCUAUGACUACAUAUGAGCGAGACACCAAGAAACCAGUAAUAGGAUUUGACAUGGGGGGAACAUCCACUGAUCUUGAUGUGAACACUGUGGCAGCAGGAGGAGGCUCUAUGCUCACCUUCAGAUCUGGCCUGUUCUGUGUUGGUCCUGAAUCUGCAGGGGCACAUCCAGGUCCAGCAUGCUACCGCAAAGGAGGACCACUUACCAUAACAGAUGCAAAUUUAGUAUUGGGUCGUCUUCUACCUCAGUACUUUCCCACUAUUUUUGGCCCACUAAAGAAUGAACCAUUGGAUGCAGCAGAAAGCUAUGAGUUGUUCAAGAACCUUUGUGACGAAGUGAAUGACUUCAGAAAACAACAGGCAACCCUACAAGGCACAAAGUGUCAUCCAAUGUCUGUUGAAGAGCUGGCUCUGGGUUUUGUUAAGGUUGCUAAUGAGACCAUGUGCAGGCCAAUUCGAAACCUCACAGAAGCAAAGGGCUAUGAUACAGCAGAUCAUGUCUUGGCAUGCUUUGGAGGUGCUGGUGGGCAGCAUGCUUGCUCCAUUGCUCGAUCUUUGGGAAUGGCUUCAGUGUUUGUUCAUAAAUAUGCUGGAAUCUUGUCAGCAUAUGGAAUGGCACUGGCAGAUCUUGUUCUUGAAGCUCAAGAGCCAUGUGCCAAAUACUACAAGCCUGAGAACUUUUCCUUUUUUGAUGAGCACUUGCAGCAUCUGACUGCCCGAUGCAUUAGCCAGUUGGAAGGACAGGGAUUCCAUCAUGAACAGAUCACUGUUCAGUGUUUCCUCCAUAUGAGAUAUGAUCGCACAGAUUUUCCUCUGAUGUGUCCUCCUUCAGAGAAGCAAGAGCUGCCAUCUCCAGAUCAUGGCGAUUUCCUCACUGGUUUUCAGCAGCGGUAUAAGAGGGAGUUUGGAUUUGUGAUACCUGACCGAAGGAUCAUAGUGGAUGAUCUGAUGGUUCGUGGGUUUGGGAAAACACUUGUUCAUACUCAUGAAGACAUCCCUGUUGCCACACAGCCUCCCCAACUUGAAGCAGUGACUCAGGUGUUCUUUGAUGAUGGCUUCCAAACAUCCCAAGUGUAUUUGCUGAAGCAUCUGAAGGCUGGUCACAAGAUUCCAGGUCCAGCAAUCAUAAUGGAUGACCUUUGCACUAUUGUUGUUGAACCAGAUUGUGCAGCAGAAAUCACCAGAUAUGGAGAUGUUCAUUUGCAUAUUGGCAGUGAUCAACAAAGGAGGAUCAGCACAGUUUUAGACCCUAUACAGUUAUCCAUCUUCUCUCAUAGAUUCAUGGGUAUUGCUGAGCAGAUGGGUAGGAUUCUCCAGCGAACUGCAAUAUCUACCAACAUCAAGGAAAGGUUAGAUUUCUCUUGUGCUCUCUUUGGUCCUGAUGGGGGACUGGUAUCCAAUGCCCCACACAUCCCAGUGCAUCUUGGUGCUAUGCAAGAAACUGUUCAAUUCCAAAUGAGGCACCGAGGUGAUGACAUUAAAGAAGGUGAUGUCUUCCUAACAAAUCACCCUGUUGCUGGUGGUUCCCACUUACCUGAUUUGACUGUCAUCACCCCUGUGUUCUACAAGAACAUACUGAAGCCUGUGUUUUUUGUGGCAAGCCGUGGUCAUCAUGCUGAAAUUGGAGGAAUCACUCCUGGCUCAAUGCCUCCACAUUCCAAAUCCUUAGAGGAAGAGGGUGCAGUUUUCAUCAGCUUCAAACUGGUUGACAAAGGUAUAUUCCAGGGCAUCACAUUGGUGAAGGAGUUGAUUGAUACCUAUGGGAUAGAUGUCAUACAGGCAUACAUGGGGCAUAUCCAAAACAAUGCAGAGGUAGCAGUACGAGAAAUGCUUUAUGAGAUGGGACAAAAGAGUCUUGAGAAAACUGGCUCUGCUGUUUUGGAAGCACAUGACAAAAUGGAUGAUGGAACUGUGAUUACCUUGAGAGUAUCCAUUAAUCUUGAUAAUGGCUCAGCCCUAUUUGAUUUCAGUGGCACUGGAUAUCAAGUUUGGGGGAAUUGCAAUGCACCUAGGGCAAUCACAUUGUCAGCCAUCAUUUAUUGCUUGAGAAGUAUGGUUGGACAUGAUGUCCCCUUGAACCAGGGUUGCCUCUCUCCAGUGGAAGUUGUCAUUCCAAAUGGAACCAUCCUGACUCCUUCAGAAGAUGCAGCCAUUGUUGGAGGAAAUGUUCUCACGUCUCAACGGAUAGUUGAUGUAGUUCUAAAAGCCUUCAGAAUCUGUGCUGCCAGUCAAGGAUGCAUGAACAAUGUAACAUUUGGUGAUGAAACAUCAGGCUACUAUGAGACUGUAGCUGGAGGAGCUGGAGCU